AUGGCGAAGAUCUUGCUUUGGGCCCUGUUAGUUUUAGAAUUGUGGCCCCUUCGAUCGUGGAGCAAGUUGUACAAGUACAACAUCAACGGAAAGACCCCAAAGUCGCGGCGUUGGUGGGAAGGUCCGGAGUCGAAUACGGGCUCUAAUUACGGGGGCUGGCUGUUCCGGGUGUCCCACCACCGAGACGCAACCAUCUGUGGAGCCUCCUACUACUCUGCCUACUUGAUGAUUGUCUCGGCGAACUGCAUCCACCCGUAUCGCUACGAUCUGGAGGGGGCGAGUGUCGAGCCCACCUUUACCGACGACAAUGUCUUCGGACUCAUCGACACCGUGUACACGCCCAGCCAGUUCCAGCAGCACAAGUUGUAUAUGGACAUUGCCCUGAUCCGACUGCAAAGUCCCAUCAAGGGUAAGACGACUGAGUUCAUAAAGCUCUGCAGCACGACCAUAACGACCGGAAUGCGGAUGACGGCGUACGCCUGGGGCUUCGAUUCGAUGUCGCUGGGACCGCAGUCCUCGAAGGCAAAGAAUGGUUCCGUGCCCGUGGAGGACAUCGCUUCGUGCCGCAGGAAGUACGCCAAAACCGACAUCAGGCUCUCCAGCACCUCCUUUUGUGUGACCCACCCAAAGGAUCGCAUGAAGUGUCGCUACGACGGAGGUGCUCCUCUGACCUACGGAACCGAACUCUGUGGCGUGGUAUCCCACGGUCCACUUUGCACCGACACCAGACAGCCGGGGAUCUACACGAACAUCAAUAAGAUGGUCGAUUUCAUCGAGGACACGGAAAAACGCAUUGCAUUGGGUUGGCUGAGGAUACCCAAAAAACCCAGGAAGCCCGUUAGACAUAAAAAAAAAAAACGAUUGUCCCAGAAAAAUUAG